AUGCCACCAGGUCAAAAGAGUAAGCUCCAUGACCGUGAGAAAUGCCACCAGACCUGUGGUGAGAACCAGAAUCUGGAGACUGCCCAGGCCACUGUGGCAGAAGGAGACUCUCUCUCUUCUGCCAAUCUUCUCGAAGGAGGUAGACCCCAUAAUUUGCCUACUUCUGGGACAACUAGCAUUCCUAAGGAACUUCAGGGAGCCCCAUCCACCACCAGUACUACUGUAACUGUUUUAUGCACAAAUUCAAAUGAAGACAUCAACAGCAAAGAUGAGAAAAGUUCAAAUUCUUCAAGGAAAACUGAAGACACUUUCAAAGAUCCUUUCAGCAAGAAGGUGGUUUUGUUGGUGCAGUUCCUGCUGCAGAAGUAUCAAGAGAAGGAGCCAAUUACAAAGGGGGGCAUGCUGAAGUAUGUUAUCAAACACUACAAGUAUUUCAAUGAGAUCCACAAGAGAGCCUCUGAGCACAUAGAACUGGUCUUUGGUGUUGAUUUGAGGGAAGUGGAUCCCAUCCGGCACUGCUAUACCUUUUUCAACAAACUAGAUACCACCUAUGAUGUAUUAAUGAGUGAUGAAGAGAGUAUGCCCAAGACUGGCCUCCUGAUGAUUGUGCUGGGUGUCAUCUUCAUGAAUGGCAAUUGUGCCCCUGAAGAGGCAAUCUGGGAGGUGUUGAAUUUGAUGGGUGUAUAUGCUGAUAGGAAACACUUCGUCUAUGGAGAUCCCAGGAAGGUCAUCACUGAAGAUUUGGUGCAGUUAAAGUACCUGAAGUACAGCAGCACCAACAGUGAUCCUCCAUGCUAUCAGUUACUGAGGGACCCAAGAGCCCAUGCUGAAACCAGCAAGAUGAAAGUCCUGGAGUUUUUAGCCAAGUUCCAUAGUACUAUCCCCAGUGCCUUCCCAUUCCAGUAUGAAGAGGCUUUGAGAGAUGAAGAAGAGAGAACCCAAGCCUGAGUUGCAGCCAGGGUUCAUACAGCUGCCAUGGUCAAACAUUCCAGGGUCACGGCCAGCAACUUCUCCCAUGCUAAGUGA